GUCGUUCGGAGCUUCAGGUAAAAGGUCCCGGAGAUGAUGAUGAUGAUGAUGAUGCCUUCGCGGGAGAAAUCGCUCCGACAGCCAGACGCGUAAAAUCUGAAAAGCGGGGCGUGCGUGGGUGUGUGUUUUAAGAAGCGACGCAGAGGAAGGCUGGGAGUCGUGGCCGUAGCAAGACAAGAUCGACGGCCGUGCCGUGCGGCUCGAGCCCGCGCAUCGGUGUGGAGGUGGGUGUCAUAGCAACGGCGCGAGCGAAACAAGAGUGCGGCUCGAGGUGGUGGACUGGAGACGGAGCGCGUCACGUGUCGCCUUGGGAAGCUCUUUCGGGAUAUGGAGACGACGGUGUGUGUGUGUGCGGCGGACAAGUCGAGGUGGAGUGACGAGUGUCAGUCAGUGUCCAGCGAGUGGGAAGUGAGCCGAGGGCGAAGAGUGUUUGUGGAAUAAAUAACUAGCGCCGCUGUCAUGGAGAAGAAGCGCGGAGUGCGGGAUUCCCGGCUACGUGUGUGGUCCGCGGAGGCGCCGCGUGCGGCCGCGAGCUGAAACGAGCGAGGUGCUUUCCUGACGCUUCCUCGUGUGCACAUUUCCCCUUACCUUUCGUGGUAAUAACUCGGCAGAGUCAGAGUGUGUUAACAUACUGCUCUAGGUGCUCUCUUCUUCAUGAUCGUGUCAGAGUAAGGAGGGCUCCGCAACCUGUUGUGACACACACACACACACGACGUGUGUGUGCUGCUCUUCCUGCUCCCUUCACACACUCGUACCAGCUCCUGUACCGCACACACUGCUCACACCUGCCAGGCUCCUGUGUGUCGCACUUGCUGCUCAUCACGUUUGUCAUCUUAUUGGAAGCUUUCUAGGCAUAGAUUGGCAGCCUCUCUAAAAACACAAGUCACCGAGUUUUACUCUGUACCUGCUUUUUGAUGUAAGGCUGUGCGCUAAUGGAGGUACCAUGGGGUCUGUCACCUUUGUCUUGUGUGUGUUCAGUUGCCGAUCAGAGUUGUUAAGUUGUGCUUUCAGCAACAUCAUCAUGGCACGUAUUUCGGUUGUGUAUUCCAUUCACCUAAAUCAUGUCUCUUCGAUACAAUUUUGGACGCCCUUCUCGCUGCACAAUACACUGCCAUGCCAUGGCAUGGGUCAAACAGCAUAAGAAGUUGUACAUCUAUGUUUGUAUUAUUUUUUCUAUAUGAAAAGAGUCUUUCUGAAAAUAGCAAGUUUAAUAAUCACAGACUCGGAGAGUUUGGCCCCACAUGUGACUUGUUUUUGCAGUUUGGUGGAUUUCUGACUCAUCGGGUUGUAUGUCGUCUUGGAAGUCAUCCAGGCUAAUUUUCAGUGCUUUUCCAAAGUUGCAUUGAGGACGUUCGGGAGGAAAGACUGAGUGAGGGCGGUACGCGGCCUGGCUGUCACGGGCGGUGGGGGCGUGCGGCGGUCAAAUGAACGCAAACGUUAAAGCGGUUUAUGGCACAGACUGAACACGAAGGCGGAGAAAAAUCUGCACCUCAAAGAAUGUCCGAUGGUGGGAAAAUGAGCACUGAAGACUGCAAUGGGCGCUCCUACGUCUCAGGGAGUGGAGACUCCUCGACGGAGAAGGAGUUCUCAGGGGGAUUUGGAGGGCCCAUGGCAAGCACUCCUAACAGCCACCACUCCUCCCCCGCUCGUACCCAUAGUGCCAACUCUGUCAAGGUGGAGCUUUUCAGUGAGGAUCAGCUGUACUGCUCAGCACAAACGGAGGACAGAGGACAGCAGCAUGAGGAGGAAUGGAAGGAUGAGAGGGUGGACCACGUGGAGGAAAGGGGCCUGGAACUUGGCGGUGGGGCAGCCAGGGACGGAGGGGGAGGUUACAGCGACUUGGCAAAUCCUGAGCCCGCCGCUCAAGGACCGGCUCGGCUGCCCAGUGGGAAACUCAAGUGCGAAAUAUGUGGGAUGGUGUGCAUUGGACCCAACGUACUGAUGGUCCACAAGCGCAGCCACACCGGCGAGCGGCCUUUUCACUGCAACCAGUGUGGUGCCUCCUUCACCCAGAAGGGCAAUCUGCUGCGUCACAUCAAGUUGCACUCUGGAGAGAAGCCCUUCAAAUGCCCCUUCUGCAGUUAUGCCUGUCGCCGGCGCGAUGCGCUCAUGGGACAUCUCCGCACACACUCCAUGUCCUCCCCCACCAUGGUGGGGAAGGUCUUCAAGUGCAGCUACUGUGGCCGAAGCUACAAGCAGCAGAGCGCCCUGGAGGAGCACUGCGAGCGCUGCCACAGCUACCGGCGAAGCCUGGAGUCCCGGUCCGCCCCUGGCGCUCACCCACAGGGGGAAAAGCACAUGCGUCUCAACUCAGCCGAUGCACCUUAUGAGCAAAACGGCACCGGUGACAAGGAGGGAGAUGGGCUAAGCUCGCACCAUGGGUCGAGUGACGCUUCCAGCUUUGCCGGAGCAGGGUACCUUGGAGGCCCAGCCGGGGUUGUAGCACCUGAGCCCAUUCGCUCCCUUAGGUUGCCUCAUCAACAGCCCACCGGCGUGCCGGAGUUUACGUCAGUCAUCAGCUCUUUCUACAGACAAAUGGUGCCCCUGGGGCCACGGAUGGACUUUGCAGGGGGCGGGGCGGGAGCGGGGGGGCUGGGUUUGGGUUUAGGAGGACGGGAGAUGGGAGAGGGCCGCGAGGAUCUGCCUCUGAGCCGCAGCCACAGCCACAUCCCCUCUCCCAGUAACGGUUGCCAGGAAUCCACGGACAGUGAGAGCACCCCCGAGGACCCCCGUGUGGUCACUCCUCCUGUGAGCAACUCCAUUCAGCACCCGCAUCCCCCACCGCAGCGUACCUUGAACCAUGCCAAAGAGAGGGAUGGGGAGCACCAGAGAGAGGACGUGUCCAUGCCGCCAUGGCCACUGCAGCAGACCCCCAGCGGGCUGAGAGUGGUGGACGGGGAGGGGCGCCCCGUGCGCUCCUUUCGCUGCGAGCACUGCCGUGUCCUCUUCUUGGACCACGUCAUGUUUACCAUCCACAUGGGUUGCCAUGGAUUCCACCAGCCGUUCGAAUGCAACAUCUGCGGUCACCGUAGCCAGGACCGCUACGAGUUCUCCUCGCACAUCAUCCGCGGGGAGCACAAGGUUGGCUGAGGAGGGGUGGGAGAAGAUGCAUGGGAAAGGUUGGGCGUUUCUGAGACAGGAGGGCAGCUUUUGUUUGGUCUGUGCUGCGAUAGAGUCGGCCAGAUUAGGCGUUGUUUCUUUCUCUUGGUGGAGGAGCCAAGGGACGAACGGCACACUUCAGCUGCACUCUAAGACUGACUGAUUCAUUCUGCAAAAUCUGUUGGUUUGCCUAAGAAGUGCCUUCUUCCAGUUUGGUUUACCUUCAUCUCGAAAGCUUUUAGUUGGGGGAGAGGCUUUGCAACAAACACCAUACUGAACCCGUAGAGAUACGUUGGGUAUUUAAAGGUGACCAGCUAGGGCGAUCUGACGGCACCGGGGACAUUUACUAGGUCUUCGGCUAACGGCUGAGUUGAGGGUUUAAAAAAAAAAAAAAAAAAGAUUGCGGCAUGUUUUUUUUUUUUUUU